GUCUUACCGUCGAACGGCGGGCACACUGGUCCCCAUAUUUUGGUUUUACGUUCCGAUAAAAUUCUAUUUUUGCUCGAUUCGUGUCAGAUUUUGGGCGAAUUGUAAAUUUAAACCCCAACGCGAACCGAUUCAGUGUCUAAAUCCCCAGUGUGUCUAGCCGACGAGGAGGUGUGUCACCAGGGAAACCAGCGAAGAAGCCCCAAACAAUCGGGUUUUGUGUGUGACGAAAUCGGGCGAUAGCGCAGUGCUCCAGUGGUGAGUACCAGGCACCCAGUGCCACACGUCGCGCACAUACUGCCCUCAGUGCCCAGCGAGCAGUUCCGGCGAGCAGACCCAAGCAGCCGAUCCGAAGAUCCGUUGAUCCGUUGACCCGUAGUGCCGUCGAGCCCCAACCAGUCUGACCAUGUCCAGCGACGCCGAUACGCCCGUGCUGCGCAACUGCAUCCGGCUGCCGCUGCCGGAGGACGAGCUCCUGGAGGUGACCGCCAAGGCCAAGGACUACGCCAUCAUGCACGGCGCCGCCAUGCGAUCGAAGACCGCCUUCAGCCCGGACUCGCUCAAUUUCGCUCCGUUUGUGCUGGUGCCUUCCUCGUUUCCGCGCAAGGAGUUUGAGAAGGCGGUGGCCCUGCAGCCGAUCAUCAACCGGCUGAUGCACAACGUGGCCCACGACGAGGAGUUCAUCACCACGACGCUGGCGGAGACGAUCAAAGUGGACGAGUUCACGGCCAACCUGUUCAACAUCUACCGCAAGGUGCUGGCGCACGGGUUCACCCAGAAAAUAUCGUUGGGGAUGCUGCGCAGCGACCUGAUGCUGGAGUCCGGCUGCCCGGAGCUGUCGCCGCGGGCACUUCGGCCGGCGGCUGGAGAGGAUCGCGGCCAGGCGGCGGCUGCUGUGGGAGCUGCUGCCGGAACUGCUACUGUUGGCACGGGCAGGAACAAGGAGCAGAAGCAGAUGCAGAAGGAGGAGCAAAAGGAGGAGGAGGAGCGGAAGGAGGACAGGGAGAGUCAGCUGAGCCGCGCCACCGGGGAACGGGAUCGGAGGGCGGCCGGCGUUCCAUCCGCGUACUGCUGCUGGAAACAAGUCGAGAUCAAUACGAUAGCUUCGGGCUUUGGCCAUUUGGGACCAGCAAGUAAAACCAUUCAAAGAUUUGUACUUAGCGAGCUGGGACACGCGGAUAAGCUGCACAAUAUGCCCGACAACAACGCUUUGGCAGGACUUUGCGACGGAAUGGUGAAGGCCUGGGAGAUCUACGCGAAGCCGAAGGCUGUGAUCCUGUUCAUCAUCGAGGACGUGUCGUACAACAUCUGCGACCAGCGCUUCCACGAGUUCUACAUUCGCGAGACCUAUCCGCACAUCAAGGUGCUGCGCCGCACCCUCACCGAGGUGCAUCGCGAGGGGAAACUGGGCCAGGCCAAGGAGCUGCUGCUGGGAUCCCUGGAGGUGGCCGUGAUAUACUUCCGCGCGGGCUACGAGCCCGGCCACUACCACUCGCAGGCGGAGUGGGACGCCCGCUACCUGAUGGAGACCUCGCUGGCCAUCAAGUGCCCCUCGAUCCACUACCACCUGGCGGGCACCAAGAAGGUGCAGCAGGCGCUGGCCCAGCCGGCGGUGCUCGAGCGCUUCAUCAACGACCCCGAGGAGAUCAAGGCGGUGGGCAAGAUCUUCACCGGCCUCUACUCGCUGGACGACAACGAGGCGGGCAACGCCUCCUACGAGAUGGCGCUCCGCACCCCGGAGCGAUUCGUCCUGAAGCCGCAGCGCGAGGGAGGCGGCAACAAUGUCUACGGCGUGGACAUUCCCGACGCCCUCAAGCGCAUGUCGCGCGUGGAGCGCUCCGCGUGGAUCCUGAUGGACCUGAUCCACCCGCCACUGACCAAGGGCUACAUGGUGCGUCCGGGAGGCGACAUGCCGCCCCAGAUCGUGGACAUGGUCUCCGAGCUGGGCAUCUUCGGUGUGGUGAUCGGCGACGCGGAGCACAUAGUGCACAACUACCAGGCGGGACACAUGCUGCGCACCAAGCUCUCCACUGCGAACGAAGGAGGCGUGGCCGCCGGACUGGGCGCCCUGGACAGCCCGUAUCUUAUUGACAGCGACGACGACGACCAGGAGAACUAGGAUCCUCGGUGUCAAGGGUCCAAAAGCCGGCAUUCCACCUGUUGCCUCAGUCUUGUAUAGAUAAUUAUUUUUGUAAAGCGUGUUGUACAUUUUUCACUUUCCCCCACCCAAAUUGCAAUAAACAAAACGUAAAGUUA